AUGCAGCAGAGCUACCCAUCUCCCACCGUCGAUGGUGCAGAUGCACAGUACUACCAACAGCAGAUGGGCCAUCAUGAGUCCGUCGAAACUGAGCAUCAUCAUGGGCUCCCCGCAUUGCCCGAGAACCCGGAGCAGCACGGCGUCCAUGGGCUCCCCAACAUGGCUGAGCACCACGAGCACCACGAGCACCACGAGCACCACGAGCAUCACGAGCUCCACGCAUUGCAGGAACCGCCGACGCCACAGCAUCACGAUUCCCGCGCGUCGGUCAGCGUCGAUGAGCUGCAGCUGGCCGCCCAGCUAACACAGGGCCUUGCUACACAGGGCCUCGCUCCUAUGGUGGCUGCGGCACAGAUGGAGCCAGUGCAAGACCAGGACCAGGCGCCGAGUGAGCACCUGCUACAGCAACACCAGCAGCAACAGCAGCACGAUCCUGAACCAAAUCUCCAGGAGCAGCUUGAAGCUUCGUUGCAGAAUCAUGAUCGCGAGCUCCAAGGGCAAAAUCAUGACCUGCAAAAUCACAAUCAGAAUCACAAUCAUGGUCUUGAGCAUCCCGAGCUCCACGAUGUGCUUCCACAUGAUGGGCAACCGCAGCCCCAUCACUACCAGCAGGACCCAGCCGCCCCUCCGCCUCACUUCCCUCCCCAUAUUCCCAUGGACCACCUGCCCCCUAGCCAUGCCCAGUACCAACUGUCCGAUGCCACGCCUCCUCGCAAACGGUCCAAAGUGUCGCGCGCCUGCGACGAAUGUCGACGCAAGAAGAUCAAGUGUGAUGCCCAAUCUGAAGCAACCGACCUGCCCUGUUCAAACUGCCGCCGAUCCAAUACCCAGUGUCUCUUCAGUCGUGUACCCCAGAAACGUGGGCCCAGCAAAGGGUAUAUCAAGGAGCUAGCCGACCGCAUCAAUACGAUAGAGGGCAAGCUCAACACCAGCAAUGCCGAAGUCCUCGACAGCGUGGCGAGGAGAGCGUCCAGUGAUGCGUUCGCAUCGCCAGGGGCGGGCGAUGAGAGCAGGAAGCGGCCCUUCUCUAGUAUAUCAGGCGACGGCUUCCACACGCCGUCCCCAGUGAGGAUCUCAGCCCCGUAUACUGCCGACCACCGCCCGAUCCUGCCAUAUCUGCACCCGGAUUUCCGUCCGCCAAACUUGGGCAACCCAAAUGAGCUCGCAAUGAAGCCCGCCGACCCCGCGCCGUUCGCGCAUGACGUUGGUUUGCCACCCCAGUCUGAGCCGCUCAUGGACGGGCUCUCCCAGAACGGGCUGCCUCAAGGCCAGUCGCACCAAGCGGAUCAGUUGCCUGAGAUUGAAGAUGCAGUGUUCAACCGGUACAUGGAAGUCAUCCAUCCAACUUUGCCAGUCCUGGCCAGCAGCAAGGCCAGGGUACAAUCACUGAUCUGGCAGUCCCCUUUGGCUCUUCAGAGCGCUUUUUACAACGCCUUCUUCUCUAUGCUCAUACCCUUCCUCCCCGCUUCCACGGACCAGAUCAGCGGCGACCCUCUCACCGCUGGCCGCUUGCUCAGCGAAUGGGAAGCCGAGGGCCGGCCGCGGUCCAGCGCCACCGACUUAGUUCGCCUUCAAACUCUCGUGAUGUUGGCCAUUGCUGCAGACUGUCAGGGUGUCGCCGCAGUAAAGGGCCAUCUGGAUGGUCCGUCGAAAGCUGAGAUUCUAGGCCGAGCGGUCGGGCUCGGAUAUUCAAUGAGGCUGUACCUCAGGGAAGUCGAGUCGGCUGCGAGCCCGGAGCUGGACCCGAACUCGGAUGAUAACGUAGCUCUACGGGCGUGGUGGGUUCUUGUCAUGCUAGACCGGUGGAAUGCGGUCGGUACCGCUACGCCGACGCUGAUCAACAACGACAGCGUGGUGGUUUUGCCCGGUCUCAGGCAUAUUGUCGGCGAUGUUGUGUUUGCCUUGAUCCGCUUAUCUUACGCCCUCGGGUUCUUGAACCCUCUCGCCAUCAACCCCCCAAUCGACCCUCUCCCUCACAAUGGACCAACUCUCAGCUCAAUGACGACCUUGGCCACCGAGCUUCUGCGAUGGACCUUCCCUGACGACCGCACCGAACCCAUCCUCCACCUCUCGUACUGGCACAUCCGCCUCUUGUCUGAACUUCUCGUUCACACCAGCACCAGCCCGCGAGGGACGCGGCGGCGCCACCCCAACAAUAUCCUUCACUGCAGCAGGAAACUCGUCGGCCUCCUCGCAGGCAACCACGACCUCCUCAGCCCCUUGACACACCACUUUGUGGUCCUUGCCUCGGUGGCACUGAUGGACCUCUUGGCCGCCGCCACUCACAGCGCCGACGCAGUUCCACAAGAUGGUGGCGGCCACAGCGAUGAGCACGGCAACGAAACCCGUGACGAGGCCGCCAAGCUGGCUCAAACUGUUCUUGAGUACAGUCUGUCGCCGUCGCCAUGGAAUGCUGCUGUCCGUGCGAAGCUUGCGGAAUGCCUGGGCUCCAUUUUCGGCCAGGGUCAGGGCCAAUCACCGCGCCCUGGCCCACAAGCCGCAAAGGCUUCGAGCCAGAACUUACACCAGCUUGCGGAUCUGGCUGCCGCGGUGGAUGGCGAGCCUAUGGCUGCCCCUGGACCUGGGCUUGGUACUGGGCCUGAGGAUGGAGCUGGGGCCGUGGGUGAAAAUGCGGAGGCUGUCAGGGGAGUGGGCGAUAAUCAUUGUGUGACUGUCGGCGAUGCCCAGGUGGUGCUGGACGUCCGAAAAAUUCUGAGGGAAGGUUAUCUUAGCUGUUUUGAGGAGCCUGGUCCCGCUAUUGCUGCGAAGGACGGGCCGUAUAUCUGA